AUGGCGUCACAGUCACGGCCUUCCUUGCUCCCGACGUUCACGAGUAAUCCCAUCCCGCUCAACAUUACUACCUUUGAGGCGCAUUGUUCCUCCCCUCCAGACCACAGCGGCGCUGAAGAGCUAGAAUGGUUCCUCGUUACAUACUGGCUCGAAACCACUCUGGUUUCCGUGGAUCCGUCUCUUUCUCCUGGGCCCUUCCAUCUUGGCGUUGACGAGAAUGCAAAGUGUAAAUUUGUAAGCUGGACCACGAUAAUGUUACCGUUAAUCCGUCCCAAAAAACUCGGUCUCGAGACGAUUCUUUUGGCAGAAAGAUUUCGUAUCUCGCCGGUCUCGAUAUAUGCGCUCGUAACCCGCGUGCGACGUGCCAGAUCCAAAGAGCGAAGGUCGAGAAAGACCACCUAUGAGGCGACUUCCCGGCCGUACCGCUCGGUAUAUGUGCUUUCAAGUACAAUGCAUAUGCGUUAUGUAUGUGCCCUGGAUUUGCCCUCGGACGGACGAGAGUCGAAGUUUUCCUCCGGACUCUUGAACACUCGCGGGCCCAAACCCCCUCGCGUAAAUGGCCGGAGUAGGAAGUACCUCCAAGCUCUGCAGACUGACGCAGCCAACUUGGACUUUGGGCUCCUGCCUUUCAGACCACGGACUGGAUGUGUGCUUGGUUUUCGCCGGGGACUUGACGAUCAAUACUCUUUCUCGCAUCGUGUUCGCUUGGGCCUUCUGCAAUCGGCAUUCUGGACAAAUCUUAGGUACCCUACCAGUCAGAGACCUAUUUGGAUACGAAGAUUUGCUUUCUAUCAUCUGGCUCGGGCAGCAAGCGCGAAGGCGUAUCAAUUUCUUUCUCUAAUUCGUGUUCGGAGAGGCUGGGAAGAACUAUGGACGGAUUCACGAGUCGUCCGGUUCAAUGGCUUCGGACCACUUGUAUUUCAUCGCGUCCAAGUUCUCCUUGACGCUCCGCUAUGGGCCAUCAUCCUCAUGCGAAUCCGCUGCCUGGCCGCAAAACUUUUGCAUCUCAUGCAUGGAACGUGUCAGGACUUGGCGAAAGAAGCUAGGCGCAUAAGUACCGGAGAGCAGAAGUGGAUCUGUGUUUACACCCUCUUCUUCCGGCCACCUCAGGGCAGUCAGGAUCGAUGGCAAGUCUGCGAAGAGGCCUUCGAGGGAGAAACUCAGAGGCUGCUUGGACACCGAGUUUUGAUUCGGGACGACGGAUUGCCUUUUGCCGAGUGA